AUGAAACCGCAUACUACACUGCCAGGGGUGGCAGUACUGGUGUCUCUGUUCGCUCAGAGUGCACAUGCAGCCCCAUUUCCUUCUAGAACUAAUGUAGUUCGUAAUGAACAGGAUACUGCUGCAAAGCCACUGCCCAUCGUAUAUAAGAACGAGCGAGGAUUGAGUAACGAGCAUCAAUACUCGCCGCCUGAUCCUCAAGGACAUCCUACCGUUUUCCCUUUUCCUACUGAUAUCUCUUACUUGACCUUCUAUGAUCGGCCUGGUGCUACUCACCCUCCGUAUCCUCAUCUAGAUAUCAGUAAGGCGGGCUUUAAGACAGAACAGUCCAGUUGCUGGUAUCACAACAAGCCUUGUGAAGGAAUACCACAUAUCCCCAUUCCAAAAGGAUUUGACUCCUUGGAGAAGAGAUCUCCAGCUUCGCACCGAUAUCCUCCAGCGCCUAUCAAAGCGAGGGAGUUCGCAAACUCUACGAGCGCCUCUAACUCAGGACCAAACACUUCUACUGUUUCGGCAACUCCCUGCCCGUCUAACUCACCUCCGUCAACAAUGGCCGGCCAGGACAUCUUCCAACCAAUUGCGAAGGAUCCCAUUCCCGCGAGUAUCAAGUCAAGAGGUGAUCAUCCAGUCAAGACCAACCACAUUGAACAAUCCUCUGGUCCAAUUUCCACCAACAAAUUUUACGCAAAUUUCUUCCUUGGUAACCAGACCUCUAGUACUUUUACCCAUCCAUACAGUAUGAUUUGGGCAAAGGGAGACCAGAACACUUCCAGCUUCGGCAUGGCUAUCUCCCAUGUUGAGCCAUCUCAAAGAGCCACUGGAGAGCCUAACAGCAAACUGCCGGGAGACCCCGCCAGAUAUUAUAUCAACCCUAUUGGCAUCAAAUCUUUUGUUCUCUCAGCCUCUGAACUCAAGGAAUCAACCACCAUGUCUGUGGCCAAGCCCAAAGCUUUCUCCGCGCAGGUCAUCCUUCGUCCAAAGGGGGGAGCCAGCGAAAGUAUCACUUUCCCCUUAGUCCAGGGUAUGGGUUUCAUCACUGCUAUAUACAACAACUUGAAGCCCACCAUUCAGUCCGGUGUCCUCUUCCGAAAAGUUGAACCAGCUGGGUCCCCCCAGGGCGGUAUCUUUAAGUACAAGGUCACUUUGGAAGACGACAAGCAAUGGCUACUCUAUGUUACCCCCGAAAACGGUUCUGACCCCAAGUUGAAGCUCGAGAACAACAAGCUCAUCAGUGGACCUACGGGCUUCAAGGGCGUCAUCCAGGUAGCUAAAAACCCCUCUAGCCAGGAAGGUGAGGCCGUCUACGACAAGUCUGCAGGAUCCUAUGCAACCAACAUUAAAAUUUCCGGCUCUGUCGCCUCUGAUGGAACUGGAACCUACAAGUUUUCCUUUGAAAAAGCAGGAAAGGGUGCUCCCCUUGUCAUGUACGCUCUUCCACACCACGUCGAGUCUUUUGAUGAUGGAACCAAGAAAACCAAGAAGAAUAUGAAGCUUAGCACUACCACCAAGGGCAUGGCCACAGCUUGUGUUGGUGAUUCAUGGACGAUGGUAGAGAGAAAUCUCCCUCUCACGAUGGACUUUGCACCAUGGAAGCCUGGCGUAGGCUCACAGGCUGCCCUUUCCGAAGGUGCAAAGAGUGCUAUCAGAGCUGUUGCCGGAAACGAGCUGUCACAGGACAUGGAACCGCAGACAAACCUGAACAGCAUGUAUUUUAGCGGUAAGGGACUGAACAAGUUCGCUGGCGCUAUCUACACUGUUCAUGAGCUUGUGGGUGACAAAGCCACCGCUGCGGGUCCCCUAAACAGCUUGAAGGAGUCUUUUAAGCGUUUCGUCGAGAAUAAGCAGCAGAUCCCCCUGGUUUAUGACACCGUAUGGAAGGGAGUUGUCUCCUCCGGUACUUAUGAGAAGGGUGAUCCAGGUCUCGACUUUGGAAACACCCUUUACAAUGACCACCACUUCCACUAUGGCUACUUCAUCCUUGCUGCUUCAAUCAUUGGAAAAAUGGACCCUGCCUGGCUUAACGCUAACAAGGCAUAUGUUAACAUGCUUGUCCGAGAUUCUGGAAAUUCUGUCGAGAAUGAUGAGCUUUUCCCCUUCUCUCGUGCCUUUGACUGGUACCACGGCCACUCCUGGGCUAAGGGUCUCUUCGAAUCUGCCGAUGGUAAAGAUCAGGAAUCCACUUCCGAGGAUACCAUGUAUGCAUACGCCAUCAAGAUGUGGGGAAAGACUAGCGGCGAUAAGAGCAUGGAGGCUCGAGGAAACCUGAUGCUUGGAAUCCUUGCGAGAAGCUUGAACAAUUACUUCUUGAUGAAGAGCGACAAUGUCAACCAGCCCAAGAACUUCAUUGGCAACAAGGUUACCGGAAUCCUGUUCGAGAAUAAGAUUGAUCACACCACCUACUUCGGAGCAAACCUCGAAUACAUUCAAGGCAUUGCUUCCGCUUUGCCAAAUCUGCCAAAUUCUGCCUAUACUCGAAGUGCAAAGUUCGUUAAAGAAGAGUGGGACGCUAUAUUUGCUUCCCGGGCAGCCGUCCCCGCCGAGAAAGUCACGGGAGGCUGGAAGGGUGUCCUUUAUGCCAAUUUGGCCAUCAUCGACCCCCAAGCUUCCUGGAAAUACUUUGCCCAACCCAGCUUGGAUCUCGCUUCGAUUGACGGCGGUGCCAGUCGCAUCUGGUAUCUCGCAUAUGCUGCCGGCAAGUCUCCUACCUAA